AUGUCGAGUCAUGAAGAUGAAGUUAAAGAUCUUAUAAGGAAGAAUAGUGAGUUAGUACAAAAGGUACAGUAUUGGAAAGUGACUGCAGCGCAAAGGGAGAAAGAAAAGCUGGAACUUACCAAAGAGAUAAAUGAACUAAGAUUAAAACUGAGUAGAAUACGAAAUGGUGGCGCAGCACAAGCAUGUCAAUUAGAUGCGGCAUUACAAGCAGCAAGUCAGGAGGCACUUACCCACUUGGUACAAGCAUCUAGUGCUGUUGCCAGGACCAUGGAUCUGGUAAAAACAUUUACGAGGGAGAGACAGGAGCUAGAUGCAUCUUCACCUCGAUGGAGUGCAAUCAGUGGUACGCCAACAACAGACAGAGUGAACAGGGUCCCACCAUUGUUGAUUGGUGGCCAGUCCAUUCAGCCAGUGGUAUCACUUAGCAGGACAUUGCUUAAUACUAGUGGUUCACGUUCUAUCAAUAGAAGUCCUAAUCAAAAUCAUAAUGUGACAGAGAGGGCAGUGCCUAUGCAUAUGUUACAAGAUGUGUACAUUCCGUUAACAAGGAUAGAUGCGGCCGAAGUACUUCAUAACAAUGUGGAGGCUGAUGCUGAUUCAAAUACCUUUGAAGAUAGUACGGAAGAUCUAGGUUUAGAAGAUAGUACCGAGAGGGUAUUGGAGGACUCCCAAAAUCCCGAAAUUGAUGAAACCGAAACAUCGCGAAGGUUAGACGUAGUCGCUGAAGAGCUGGAGCCGGAGGAUGAUGAACGAAUAUCUCCAAUUAUUCCUAGUAUCAGAGUGGAGGACCCAUUGGAAGGGCCCAGUUGGUUGCUGGAUAUACAGAAUAUUCAGAGUAGGAGAAGAAAAAGUCGGGUGAACUUUGAGCCGGACUCCACUACGGAGUUAGACGAGAGUGCUCGGGUUGACAUUUCUGCUGGUCAGAGCAAACCCAAUGAAAUGGAGCGGCUAGUGGUGCCGGACGCACGGCAGGAGUUCACGCCCACGGUGCGUCGCCGCAAGCGCUCUUCCUCGCCGCGCGCCGCCCGCAGGACCAGUGUUAACGGACGCGUCCUCAAAGUGCUCAUCGCUAAGAUGAGUCUUGGAGAAAGCGAGGGCAUCAGCGAUGUGUCACCCCUUAAACGGACGAUGCGAGACCGGACGCCGCCUCGAUUGUCCAAAAAUAAGGCGCUUCUCCGACAUUCAUCACAAGAUUCAUCGCCCUCUACGCCGCCAUUACAGGAGGGAGUGCUCUCUAAAAGAUUGAAGGAUAGCGUAUCGUGUAGCCCGGGACCGACGCGGAAUGACGAAUCGCCAUCUAAAUCACGAAAGGAAGACGUGCUGGCCAAAAUUGUGCGUUUCGACGCCCCCAGUCCAAAUGGCUCCACCGACGCUCGUGUAAUAGUAUCAGAAUCGAGAAACGAUCCUUACGGGUCAGGUGAACCGUUGGAUACUGAACGGGUCAGUUCUCGAGACAAGAAACGCGUUACCCGAUGCGAGACUCCAGAAUCUCGUGAUACACAAGAAUCCCGACGCCAAACGGAAAACGGGAGUCAGCGUCGUGAUCAAGAGAGUCUUGUGGACUCGCGCGACAGUGACAGCUGUCGUGAUGCGCGAGACAGCGACAGCAGUAGUGAACGCACUGAAGGAAGAGCCAGGAGGGCUAGAAAGCCUGUUACUUAUAAGGAGAAACCCCUUAAUAGAAAAUUACGGAGGUGA